AAUCGCGUCAUAGUUUAUUCCCGACAUUUAAACGCACAAGAUUUCUCUAAAAUGUCCUUAAAUUCAUUCUAAACUCCUUAUUUAUUUAAAUACAAUUCUAUCCUUUAGUUCCCCAGUGUUAAUUUUUAUUUAAAAUCUGUUAUUUACUUUUAGAAUAAUUGUAUAAAAUUAGUUUUUAUUUAAUUUCCCCUUCCACCACGCUGUUUGUAAAGUGGCUUCCUUCACGCAUCUUGUGCGUUUUCCCAGAAAAGAAAAUGGCUGCCAGCUGUCAUUUAGUGCUUAAGUGGAACUUAUAAAAAGCCAGUUUUAAUGAAAUAAACACACACUGGUUGAUCCAGAUAAUUCAGUGCAAUUAAGUAACAUGACAGUAAUGAAAAUAAAUAACAUUCUCGAAAGAAAUAUUUGAGUUUAAAUCAAUAGUGCCAUGAUUAAUAAUUCGAUUUUCUGUUUACAAUUUUUCUUCAUCUAAUGUGUAAAAAAUUAUGUGCUUUAAAAGACGUGAUCAGUCUUUGUGUUAAAUUUGCAUUUUCAAACAAAUACGUAAAUUCGUUGUGAUCAAUAAUAGUUGUAAUCCACGACGUGAGGCAAGAGUUCAUACUUCCUCCCCCUCUUUUUCUCCUAGUCCUUCCCCUCUUUUUAUAUCAACGCAACUCGACUUCUGGUGCAGAUUUCUCCAAAUUAAAACAAUCAUGGGUUCCAGUCAGCAAUUUUCAUUAAGGUGGAACAAUUAUUUAAAGCACAUUACCUGUGCUUUCGACACUUUAAGAACUGAUGAAGAUCUGGUUGAUGUAACGCUAAGUUGUGAGGGAAAAAGAAUUAGAGCCCACAAAAUGCUUUUAUCCGCUUGCAGUACAUAUUUUAGGGACUUAUUUAAGGAAAAUCCUUGUCAACAUCCAGUCGUUAUAUUUCGAAACGUAAAGUUCGAUGAUUUAGCGGCAUUAGUUGACUUUAUGUAUCAAGGUGAGGUCAAUGUAGUUCAGGAACAGUUGGCCAGUUUUUUGACGACAGCUGAACUUUUGGCAGUUCAAGGUCUUACAGAUGGCAGCGGGAAAGAUAACGACAGUUUAGUCGAGGAUGACAUUGAAAUUCCUAACGAGCCAGAAGUACAACUACAAAAUGCUUCCGGUAGGAUAACGACAAAUAAUAAAGGAAGUAAAUCGCCUGCGUCACCAGUGGAACUUCAAUCGGAGCCACCGCCCACAAAAAAAAGAAAAUGUCGAGAAAAUUCAAAUAUUGAUAAGGGAACGAAAAAUUCAGAGAAGGCUGAUAGUCAAAAAGGUGUUUCGGAACCUGUGGAAAUAAUACCUCUUAUGCCAAAUCUUAAACUUGAAAUGCCAGAAUAUUUGGAACAGGAUGGCAGUAGUUGUAGUUACGAUGAUCAGAGUGCAGGCGAUUCGAAUAAAUUGGGUAUUGACGAUAAUCCAUCUGAUAAUCAAGAUAACGAUCAGAAACCGGACAUUAGUCAAACAUUUUAUUCUAAUCAAUCAACGUCUGAUAGCCUUGAUGGCAAACAGGCGGAAUUAGGACACUUGCUUUCAAAGCCAAGUACGUCAGGGGAGAGAUUAGCACAAGAAUCAGCACAAGAUUGUCGUACAGUGGCCAUCGAACAACCAUCUCACUCUUGCAAACUCUGCGGUAAAUCAUUUUGGAAUCGAGACUCAAUGUACAAGCAUAUGAAUAUGCAUAAGGGCACGACCCAGUGUCCCGUUUGCCACAAAGUACUGAGCCGCACAACUCACAUGAAGCGACAUUUAAAAAAUCGUCACGGCUGGUUGGGAUUUGGAUCAUUGGCAGACGCGGCACGAAUCACAAAUCCCCUCUCGAUUUCAACGAGAAUUGGACAUCAAAAUACAAAUGCAAAUACAAAUACAACAAAUGCAAAUGCAAAUAUUGAAUCGAGUUCAUCAACAUUUACGACAAUUCGAAUUCGUGAGAGUAGCGUUGAAAGAAUCACUUCUAGUCCUAUUCCUUAGUGUGAAAAAAAAAAAAAAAAAAAAAGAUGAGAAACAAUCCAAAUUUAUUGGAUUAUAUUAUUUUGAUUGACGCCUGUCUUAAAUUUCACUACCUAGUCAUUUCUACACUAGUGUGAUUUUUAUUUAUUAUCACACUCUCUAACACGAGCACCAUAUUCUACCUCCAUGGAUCCUAUAUAACACCUUUACAAGAAAAAAAAAAAAUCCUUUUCCUAUUCCUCCUUCUCUUUUUUUUUUACCAUUUUCUUCUCUUCAAUGCUGUCAUUUUUUUUUUUAUUUUCGAAAAUAAAAAUUUCAUUUAUUAAAAACAGCAUUGUUGAAAGAAAUAUUUUUUUUUACUGAGAAUUCAUUUUUUUUUCAAACCAAAGAUAUAAAAUGAAAAAAUUACUUUAUCUAGUCAAAUGGAUUUCAAAGUACUUAAAUAGACUAAGGAGGAAUGUGCAUUUUUUGUAAUAACACGAGUCAAAUAAGAAAGAUUAAUCUUAAAUCAUGCAUGGUAGAUAAUUCAAUUAUUAUGAUAUAUCUAUUGGUUUAGACUAUAAACGACUAGUCGUAAAAAUUGCCAAAAGUUUAUACGCAUAAAUGAAAAAAAAAAAAAAAAAUUGAAAGGGCUAAAAAUUGUGCGUAUAACGAAAAGAAAAAGUCCAAAGAAAUAUAGAAUAUUAAUUUCUCGACAUUGGAAAAAAAAAAUCCUAUGUCUUUCCAAAGAAUACAAAAAAAAAAAUCUUUAAUAAACUUUUUAAAAUAGGCAAAAUAAUUACAUUUAUAUAUAUAAAAAAAAAAAAAUUAUAAUUGAUUUCUCACGAAAUCAAACUUCAUAGAUUAUGUAGACAAUUUUAGUUUUUAUUUAAAUUAGUUUUAUGUGAAAAAAAAUUUAAUUUCUGAAAAUUUUACAUUUUCUAAGAGAAAUGUAACUUAAAACCAAAUUUUAAGGACUUAAACCAAAUUUAAGAAAAAUGUAUACAUUUAAGAAAAAAAAAAAAAAAAAAUGUGAAGUACAUUAAGGAAAAGAAAAAUUAAUUUAAGUUUUCUUUUAGUGAAUAUUGCUCGUUAUUUACGUUUUACAUACUCAAAGAGUAGUUAAUUAAAAUCUAAUUGCAAUAACAACCCAGUUUUAUUUCAAAUUAUUUUUUGUUAUCUUUUUUUUUCUUUUUUAGUUUAUUGACCUUUUUUUUUAGUGCUUAAUAUGUUUAGUUUUUAGUCAUCGAAAGUGGCAUUCGUUCUUUGCUUUUACUGAUGCUUAUAUAUUUAUUAUAAUACUUAUUAGAUCUAAAUAUAUACAAAAAAAAUUAUUAUAUACAAAAAAUUAUAUAUAUAUAGGUAAUGUAACAUAUGUGUAAAGAACAUUGCCACAAAAAUUUAGUGCAAUUAUUAUAUAAGAAUGAUGAAAACGAAAAAAAAAAAAUCGUUAAUUCGAUUUAUUUGUGAAUGUUAAAAGCUGUAUCGAACUUACCAAAGUGUUUGUGAAUUAUUAUUUAAGUGUGCUUACUAAUCACUCCAAAAAAAAAAAAAGACUGAUGUACAAUGACCCUGAAAUGAUUAACAAAAUAAUUUUUCCUAAAUAGUUCAAAAAAAAAUUCAUUUCUGAGCAAAUUAAAAACAUUUAAUUUUUGUAUAUCGUCAUUGUACCUCGGAUUAGAUUAUAAUAUAGUUUUUAAUUAAAAGCUUGCCAUACUUUUGUGUAAUUUCGUUUUUAGAAUUAUAUAAGUUGUGUACUUUUGUUCCUUUUCAUCCACAAAAAAAAAAAUAAUUUAAUUGUAGAUGCGAUAAGAUUUUUUUUUUUUAGUUAUUAUUAUUCUUUUUAUGAUUAUUAUUUAAAAAAAAAAAAAUAUUUUAUUUUGCGAUUUUAACAAAUAUUAUCCCUGUUAUAAUAAGUAAAUGUAAAAUAUAUUUAUAUGAAUUGACUAAAAAGCGACGUUUAGGAACGAAUGUGCACAUUCCUCAAAAAAAAAAAAAUCUACGUUACAUUUUUUUUUUUUAAGUACAAGAUUGCCAAUUAUUAUUUUUAAUUAAAAAAAAAAAAAAAUAAACUAUACCUUUAGUGGAUUAUUUAUUGGAGAGAAAUGGAAAUUAUUAUACAAUAAUAUAUUAUCAAGUAAUAAAAAUUUACGUUUUGGCUUAUACACAGGCAAAAUAUGUAAGUGAAGAUAUGUGUGAAUAAAGUUGCAAAAUGUGAAUGAA